CCAGUACCCUGCUGCAGACAAACUUUUCUUUUGGGAUGGGCGGCCCGAUGGCGACAGAGCAACCUUGAACAUCCUUGAAGAUCCUCUUGUUGGUUUCCCAUUAUCUCCCAUGGCGUGUGCCAAGUCGGGGACCGAUGAUUCACCCCUGGAGCCAAGGAGAAUAUCACGUUCUGGCUAUUUAUGCAGUGCCGACCUGGAUGAGCUUCACCCGCAUAUGAUGUAUGGAGCAUUGAUGUCAUCACUGGAAUCUCUUCGACAGUCCAUUCGGGAUGUUUUUCCUGCUGUUGUGUCAGCCAGAUUGGUGGCAGUGGUGCUGCUGCUGCCAGUGUUAUUUCUCAUCUUUCCUGUGGUGGUCGUUGAGCGAUUUCUUGAGAUCACCGGCGUGUUGUUUGUCCUGGCAGAGGCGUCAUUCCUGGUUUGGCUCCACAGCCUGCGAAGCCGUUUGAACGUCGUGAAGCCGAUUGCGCAAAGGUUGCAACCGGCCAAGUCUUUCGAUAUUUUCCAGCGAACCUUCAAGCAAGUGGAUCAGUGUGCGAAGUGGUCGAUUGGUCGAACGCCGACGGAGUGGCUUGAAGGUUGGUUCAAGAAGACGCCUAUGUCAAAGAUAAAGCGUGGAAACUUGGAAGAAUUCUUCGCAUGGGCAUUCUACAGCAAGUAUGCUUCGGAGCUCGAUGAAGCGGAGAGGACUGAGCUGGAAGACAUGGUCAAGGAAUGCGAGAAGCGGUACAACUGGUGCUUUGAUGAAGGCUACACUCCGGGAGUUCUGCCCAUGCGCAUCAAUUUCGACCCCAUUCAGGCUUGGUACCAUCCUUUGUGGUACUAUGCUGCAAUUAAGGGCCUUUGCAUUGCCACACGAUCAGCCAUGCAACUGAUGGGUUUCACAAGGUGUAGUGCAGGUCGACUUUCAUAUUUUCACCGACCUGCUCCAGCCUAUCCAGGGUUACUCGUGGAGGGCGGUAAACCCGUGCCGCCAUCUCAAGACUCACCAGUAGUUCUAAUUCAUGGCCUUGGUGUUGGAAUCACACCUUAUCUCAGAUUCAUUCGAAUGCUUGGAAGAACUCGAGAAUGCUUCGUGAUCGAAUUGCCAGAAAUCUCACAGGCUUGUUCUGAAGAAGUGCUUCCACCACAGGAAAUGGCUGAUGCAAUGUGUCAAAUGCUAAAAGCGCAUGGACAUGACAAGGCCGUUUUCCUCGCUCACUCUUAUGGGACUUUUGUGAUGAGCUGGGUGCUACGGUUCAGGAGGGACAUUGUGGCGAAGACUGUGAUGCUAGAUCCAGUUGCUUUGCUGCUUGCCCAACCUGAUGUUGCAUACAAUUUUCUCUACAGGCAUCCAGACAACCCAAUGCUAAAAGUUGUCGCAAACUUUGUCCGGUGGGAGCUUUUUGCAGCUCAUGUCUUGAUGCGUCACUUUUAUUGGCAUCAGAAUGUUGUUUGGAAAGAAGACUUACCGCCAAAUUCCUUGGUGGUGAUGUCCAGUCAUGAUGACAUUUGUAACGCACACUACAUCCGGAGAUAUUUGGAAGACCACCAGAGAAGUGGGCACGACAAGUUACAGGUACUUUGGCUUGAAGGUUUUUUCCAUGGCGGCUUGCUCCUGAAUUCGGCUGCUCAGAUUCAAGUGCUUGGUUUGCUCAACCUAGGGUGAUCUUCAUGAUUUUAAGACUUUGAAUGCAGACUUGCUGAAAGCAAGCACUGCGUGAUUGAUUUGGUUGGCUUUCGAGCAAGUCAGCAGCACGUCUCAAGCCUGACAACAAGUUGUACCUGUGGUUUGGUUGUAUCGUAGUAGUUUUGCAAAAGAGCGUGAGAGAGCUUUGUAUCGCGUUUGUCACUUGCAGCAGGCAACACAGUUGAGCUCAAAGGUCCACAAACAUAGACUCUUCAGUCUGCACCAAAAGAAUCUAUCCUCAGAUACUUACGCUAACGGCGAUCGCUUGGCAAGGCAGAAGGAAGUACGGUGCCUCCACAGCUUCUCAAUGCAGUUUUGGCCGGAGGAGCUGUCAUGAGGCAAGGACGAGUAGUCCUUCGUGGUAUUCGCUUAGUGAAGGCGCUUCGGCUGGGCAAAGCGGCAGGAGCUGUGGCAUCUGCAAGCACCAGCUGGGCAAACCUUGGAGGCGAUAGCUGGAAGCCUGCUGGAUGAUGGAGACACCACAACAGCUGUGGCCACUGCAGCCGGGGGUUGGGCCGGUGGACUUGCAGGAAGUGGCUUUGCAGCUGCUGCAGCUUCAAGCCUCGGCAUAGAGG